UUUGGCGAUAUAUGGUCGCCAUUUGUGAGAUUUUCUAAGCGAUCAAAGAUCGCUGAAUUGCGUAAUUCCAAGCGCAUCCAAGCUUUUUGGGGCUCGUGUUCCCCAAGUUGUUUAUUUUAAGUUCACUAACUCUCAAAAUCUUAACAUUUAAAAGGUCAAAAUUCUAUAAGAAUUUUGUUUUUUUCUCUUGUAUUGUGCAAUCAUGGAGCUGUAAAAAUGGUGUCUGUGAAAAUCUAUUUCUGUCAAAUUCCUAAAGGAAAGGCCUGUGGGUCGAACCUCGGUAAAACAGAGAUUGAUGUUAGAGGAGAGUGCUAUUACAAUGGAAAAGAAAUCAAACAAUCGUCCUUCUUCUGCUCCACAAAAACAAAAUGGUUCAGAAUCUAAAAAAACUGAUCAUGGAAAUCAAAAGCAACUGUCAAAUAAAUAUGCAAAAAGGAGAGAAACUAACAACAGUAAAUCGUAUUAUCAAGAAUCAAGUCCACGACGUCCAACACCACAGAAAAAUAAAUAUGCUAUGGAUAAGAGACCUAGACCCAGGGGAGGAGGAUUUCCAAGAGAAGACGUGACAGAGGAGUACCCUGUUGAUUAUGGUUCACCUCUAUUAAAAGGAAAAAAGGUUAAUUUAAACCAUUUACUGAAUUUCUCCUAUGCUCGGAAUGAUUCUUAUGAAGAACCCCCUCACUGGAGUGGAGGGGGGAGGGGCAGUGGCAGGAGAAGGACUAGUGGAAGAAUUAGCUAUAACAAGGAACAGUUCCUACAAGCAAACUAUCAGUUUAUUGUCAAAGAAGAUGGGGAUUAUGCCAUACAUAACAUUGAUCCUGACAAAUUAGUGGAUUGGGAUAGUGUGGAACUCAUUAAAGUGAACAGUCAUGAAAUAUCAUCUUGUCCUAUAUGCUUAGACAAACCAUUAGCAGCAAAAAUGACCAGAUGUGGCCAUAUUUACUGUUGGCCAUGUAUUCUCCAUUAUCUGGCAUUAGGAGAGAAAACUUGGAGGAAAUGUCCUAUAUGUUAUGAAGCUAUACAUGAUAAGGAUUUGAAAAGUGUUGUAACACAGGAAGUUCAUAAAUACAAUACAGGGGAGACAAUUACAAUGACACUGAUGAGGAGAGAGAAAGGAAUGACAUAUGCCUUGCCCAAAGCCAUGUGGGAGAAGAAGGAAGGAAAAAUACAUAGUUACACAGAUGAUGUAAACAAAACAAACUUCCUGAAGUUGUUAUCCAUAUCAGAGGAAGAUAUUCAGAAGUUUGUAGUGGAACCAGAAAGAUUGACAUUACAGAGUAAACUACAAGAUGCUGAGACAUCAGAAGUUGCUUUUAUAGAUUCAGCACUACAUUUAUUAAAGACAAGACAGCAGACAACAGAUGGUUCAGGUAACAACAGCAGCAGUAGAUCAGAAUCUGAAUCAUCAACAGAAGAUAUACCAGAACCUGCUGUAACUGUACCUAAAAUGCUACCAUCUACUAAGGCAAAAAACUAUGCAUCUGCCUUCUCUGAUGAUGAAGAAGAAAGUAUGGACGUAACACAAAACAGAAGUUUAAGCACUUCUGAGGCUGAAGUUACUGUACCAGAUACAGCAAGGACUCCUAGUCCUCCUUCAGAAGCAGUGGCUAUUGCCAGUAAACCUGAACCUGAAGAUUUGUCAGCUGUCUGUGGUUCCCCCCAGGACCUGAGACAGUCGCCUCCUGUUGAUGUUCUACCCGAUUCCUUACCAGUAGAGGAAGCAGCUGAAUAUCUAGAGAUGCCAGUCGUUACUGAAGAUCAACAGAGUAAAAAGAGACAGUUCAAUGACAAUGCUUUCUACUUUUAUCAAGCUUCAGAUGGACAACAUAUCUACCUACAUGCCCUGAAUGCCAGGUGUUUAGUGAAGGAGUAUGGUUCCCUGUCUAACUGUCCAGAGACUAUCACUGCAAAUAUAGUACAGAUGGAGAACAUAUUUAUGUCUGAGGAAUUAAGGAAAAGGUUACGAUAUCUUGGACACUUACCUUUGACAUGUGAAUUUGAAGUAGCUGAAUUAACAUUAAAACCUCCUGUGUUGUCAAAAGAGACACUUAAAUAUUUUACUGAUGAAAUUGAGAAGAGAAGACGUCUGCGUCAAAAGAAAAGCAGGGAAGAGAAAAGAUGGACUAGGAAAGUACAAGAUGAGGAAAACAAAAAGAUGGCUAAAUACAAUAUCUAUGGAACUGAUUCCAGAAUUGUACAGAGCCAGUUCAUGCCAACAGCGAUGUCAAUAAAUAGACCAAGCUCACCUGCUGCCAAGAGUGAUGAUAGUUCAUACAGUAUGUCAUCCAUAAACACCCCAGUAGGAUCACCACUAGUUGAUCCUGCUGUUGAAGAGGACCUUGAUGGACUUCAAACAUCAAACUUUUCAUUUGCUCAGAUGCUUAAAGCUGGCCAGUCUAAGACACCUACUUGGCCUAUGGCUAAAACUAAAUCAGAGGCACCCAGCAGUGUGUCUAGAUCUAAGGACAGUGAUGAUAGUGAUAAUGAAGACAAGGUCCCAAUCCCUAUGUUCAGGGAAUCAUUUGGUGAUGCCAUACAAACAGCUUUAGAUACACACAUGGCAAAAUCAAAAGAUGAAGGCUUAACCGUAGAAACAACAGAAAAAUCGGGUGGAAAGAAGAAAAAGAAACAACAGAAACUUCUCUUGUUUACAACAUCCAUGGCUCGUGGAGGGAAAUAGGCACCUUUGGUCACUUCAGGAUAAUGUAUAGUUUCACCAUACAAAGAAGAAAAGACUUUCAAUAUUCAUUAGAAUCGUCAUUAAAAUAUAUUGUGCUUACAUCAGUAAUUUUACAGCUUAUUGUCAUAUUUUUAUGCUGACUGACCAGCUUGGACAUUUAAGGCCUUAUUAUUCUAUUUUUCUAAAGAAGAAUACUUUUUAGUUUUGAAAUGUCAUACUUUUUUUGCUUUAUUAUUAUUGUUUGAAAAUGGUAAAUCCAUUCUGUUCAUAUUGUAAUAGACUAUUCAUAUUGGUUAAAAUAAUUGUCAUGAGAGUUUAUUGCAAAAAUAUGAAAAAUAAUAAGAGGAGUAAGGCAAAAAAUUGAACAUUGGGGGAUUUUAUUCAAUACAAUUGUGGUUGAACAUAUUACUGGGGAUGUAUGAAAUUAUUUUCCAUUUUGAGGAUUUUUCAUUUGUCAAAACAUCUAAUAUUUAUUAGAAGCCCUGUUUAAUUUAAUGCAGUUAAUAUCAUUGUCACUAUGUCAAGUUUGACCAUCUUACUAUUAAUUCCAUCACUAUAUGAAAACAUUGUUCCCUCACAAAACCUGUACUUAAUGUUUUACAUGGCAGUAUUCAAUUAAGGAAACAAAUGAUACUGGUAAGUAUAAAUGGAUUUUUACUUCCAUAUACUUUUCUUACCCCACAUAACAAUAUUACGAAAAGAUGAGAGGAUAUCAAACAUUUAUUCUUUACUCAUUUUCUUGAUAAAUUACAAUAGCUUUAUUUGAUAAAAAGAAAUAAUUGAAACAAUUGAAAAAAUAGAAAUAAUCAGAAGUAACUUUAACAAAGAAAUUUGCAAUGAGUCCCCGUUAUGGAAUUCUAUUCCCAUACACAGUAUUUGAAAUUACUGUAUUUGUGUUGCAGUGUAUCUAAACAUUAUACUGAAGUGACUAAUAAUCAUAUUCUAUUGCUUACAUUUGUAGUUUUCAUUGUGUACAGUCUGUGAUUGGUGCAUAAUUAAGCAAAACAUUAAUUUUAUACAUUGUUAUCAAAUUAAAAUAAUCCAUCAUUGCAUUA